AUGCCUACGAUUAUAACCUGCCUGUUGACGCUGAGCUCGUUCUGGAUAGAUACUCCAUCGAUGGCGAUCGCGUUGGUGAUAUUCAACGUUCUUCUUCAAGGUCUCUUCGGUUGGGACCUCAUCCGCGAGUUGCCUCCGGGUAGUGGAAGCAUUCCCAAAAUUGUAUCUCUAUACGGAUUCAAUCUCUCAAUGACGACGAUUGCCUUCAUUGUUCAUGUACUGUCGCAGUUCUUCGAAUCAGUCCUGCCGGACGAUCUAGAACUACCAGAAAAGGUGACUACGCUGCCUGAGAAGCUACGAAUCGGUCAACUUUUCCAAGUGAAGGGGCUUUCUUUCGAUCCUCAGCUUCUUCUAAACUACACUCCGGAAGAAGAAGAUCCGAAAGAAUUCAAUUCACCGUUUUCAUCCAUUGGACCUCCUAAUGCGCUCGAUGAGGAACAUGCACCGGAAGAAGAGAGCAGAAAUUCCGACGGCGAGACGCUUAUUCCUGUGGAAAGUGGAAGUCCAUCCACGGUUAUUUCGCUAUCGCCAGUGCCACCAAAUGUCGAACCAUCUCCAGCAGAAACCGCGGAAAACAAACCGGAGAUUACAAAAACGUCUCAGUCGCUAUACAUAGUGCGCAGAAUUUUAUUCUGCUUGUUCCUUCUGAUGUAUUUGAUUGCAGUGCCUGCGUGUCUACUGUAA